AUGAGCGCCGCCGAGGAGACCAAGCCCGUCGAGGCUAUUGCCGCCGAAGCGCCCGUCCAGGUCGAGGAGCCUGCAAAGGUUGAGGAGACUGCCAAGGUCGAGGAGACUGCCAAGGUCGAGGAGACUGCCGAGGUCGAGGAGACUACCAAGGAAGAGGUCGAGGCUGAGGCCAAGCUUGUCGAGUCCGAGACCAAGGAAGCCGACAUCAUCAAGACGACCGCCCAGAUCGACCAGAAGACCCACGCCAACAAUGUCAAGUUUGACCCUUCCCUCCUCAAGGAGACAGACGAUCCCGUUGAGAUCCGCAAGCAGGUCGAGUUCUACCUGUCGGACAGCAACCUUCCCCACGACAAGUUCCUGUGGGAGAUUGUUGGAGGAUUCGACAACAAGCCCAUCCCCCUCAAUACCAUUACCAACUUCAAGCGCAUGCGUCGCUUCCAGCCCUACUCCUCCGUCGUCGCUGCGUUGAAGGAGAGCACGCAGGUUAACAUCGCCGGCGAGGAGGGUGAGGAGACUAUCCAGCGCAAGCAGGCUUACACCUCUGGUAACGACAAGUUCAACGCCCGCUGCGUCUACGUCAAGGGAUUCGGAGAUGAGGAGCCCACCACCCAGUUCGACCUCGAGUCCUUCUUCAGCCAGUACGGAACCAUCAACUCCGUUCGUCUUCGUCGCACCAACGAGAAGCUCUUCAAGGGCUCCGUCUUUGUCGAGUUCCCCGAUGAGGAGGCGGCUCAGAAGUUCCUUGCCCUCGACCCCAAGCCCAAGUGGAAGGAACACGACCUGAAGAUGAUGCCCAAGAUCGACUACGUCAAGGAGAAGUCCGCUCUGAUCCUCGCUGGCAAGCUCGAGCCCAACACCUCCCGCCGAUUCUUCGAGGGCAAGGAGGGUGAUAGCCGCGGUGGCCGCGGCGGUCGCGGCAGAGGUGGCCGUGGUGGCAACUUUGGAAACGACGAUUGGAAGCAGCGCCGCGACCACGACCAGAAGAACGGCUUCAGGGGUGGCCGGGGCGGACGCGGUGGACGCGGCCGUGGCCGUGGUGGUGACCGCCGUGGUGGCCGUGGUGGACGCGACAACCGCGAGAACCGCAGGGAUCCCAACGAGGUCACCAACGACCGCAACGCGUAUGUAUCACCGUAUCUGACUGGUAGGGACAGCAAAGCUAACCAGUCUCACAGUGGCAAGCCUACCAUCCAGGCUACCAACGGCAACGGCGAGGCCUUCGCGGAAGACAAGAACAAUAACGGCAAGCGCGGACGCGAGGAGGACGGCGCCGUCCAGCCUGAGGCGAAGAAGGUCAACACCAAGACCGACGUCGCCGCAUAG